ACGGGCUGAGAUUUUGAGUCUCUCGAGCGAGUGAGUUCACAAGGAGGAGGCAGGCAGAUUGAGCGGACUGAUAGACAGCUGCGAUCUCAAAGUAGAAGGGUGUAGGGGGCAAAUUCUCUGCGCGCUUAAACGACGAUACCUAAACAGAGCAUCUGCUCUCCUGAACCGUGCCUCAUUGCUUCUGUAAAAGACCGAUUUCAUUGACUCAUUUGCGCGUACUCGGGCAGAUGCCGCUGUCACUUCACAUCGGAGCACCUUGACGAGUUUCUUUCAGGACACGAAGAAGGACAGAGUCCGCUGCUGAGAGAGCACUGCCUGAAACGAUGGGUCUGCGUGGGAGACGCAGCGGUGUCCUGCAGCUGUGCACGACCGCUGCUCUCAUGUUGGCUCUGUCCAGCGCGCAGGAACCCUCCGGCGCGGGACAAAAGCAAGACAUCCCCGAGGGCGCCUCCACCUUGGCCUUCGUCUUUGAUGUGACCGGCUCUAUGUAUGACGAUUUAGUCCAAGUUAUUGAGGGUGCCUCCAAGAUUUUGGAAACUUCGCUCAGCAGACCCAAGAGACCACUAUAUAACUUUGCGCUGAUACCUUUCCACGACCCAGAGAUUGGACCAGUAACAAUUACCACAGACCCAAAGAAGUUCCAGUAUGAGCUCAGGGAAUUGUAUGUACAGGGAGGAGGGGAUUGCCCAGAAAUGAGCAUUGGUGCUAUUAAGAUUGCUCUGGAAAUAUCUCUGCCAGGUUCCUUCAUCUAUGUUUUUACAGAUGCUCGUUCAAAAGACUACAAGCUCACAAACGAAGUCCUACAGCUUAUCCAGCAAAAGCAGUCUCAGGUUGUUUUUGUACUGACUGGAGAUUGUGAUGAUCGGGCACAUAUUGGUUAUAAAGUUUAUGAGGAGAUAGCUUCUACAAGCUCUGGGCAAAUCUUUCACUUGGAUAAAAAACAAGUUAAUGAGGUGCUGAAAUGGGUUGAAGAAGCUGUCCAAGCCUCAAAAGUUCAUCUUUUAUCAACUGAUCACCAUACUGGGACUUCAUAUAGCUGGCAGAUUCCUUUUGAUCCAAGUUUAAAAGAAGUAACAGUUGCUUUAAGUGGUCCUGCCCCUUUAAUUGAAAUAAGGGACCCUCAAGGGAAAUUAAUAAAAAAGGGAGCUGGCUUGAAUGAACUGCUUCAUAUUCCUAACUCUGCCAAAGUUGUAAACGUUAAGGACCCAAAUCCAGGAAUGUGGUCUAUAAAGACUUCCAGCUCAGGAAGACAUUCUAUUAGAAUAUCAGGACUCAGCACCAUUGACUUUCGUGCUGGUUUUGCAAGGAGACCUACUUUGGACUUUAAAAAAACUUCAAGUAGGCCUGUGCAAGGCAUACCCACCUUUGUUCUAUUAAAUACCACUGGCAUCAUCCACCCAGCACGAGCUGAUCGGUUAGAGUUGCUAAGUACAUCUGGUGAAGUUUUAAAAACAAUUCCUAUUAAGUUCUACCCUGACAGAAAGCCUUAUGGAAUCUGGAAUGUAACUGAAUUCAUCCCUCCAGAUGAAGCCUUCUUCCUUAAAGUGACAGGCUAUGACACAAGUGAUUAUAUGUUUCAAAGGGUAUCCAGUGUUUCAUUCUCAAGUGUUAUUCCAGAUGCUCCAAAAGUGUUGAUGCCUCCUCGAACGCAAGGGUACUAUCUGCAAAAUGGAUCUAUAUCCUGUUAUAUUGAAAGUUUAAUUCCUUUCACACUGCGGUUUAGUAGAGAUGGUGUUAAGCUUGGAUUAGAUCAGUUCUUCAGGGAAAGUGCAAGUGCCACAUUAGAAUUUGAUGUUGUCUCUUUGGAAGAUGAAGGAUACUAUGAAUGCAUUGCAAUCAACAGUGCUGGUACAGGUCGUGCUCAAACAUAUCUGGAUGUCUCAGAACCACCUCCCAUUGUUCAAGUGCUCAAUAAUGUGACUGUGAUUCCAGGAGAAAGAGCAAUACUCACAUGUUUAAUAUCAAGCACUGUACAUUUUAAUCUAACAUGGAUGCAAGGUGGCAUAGAUGUCAAACUACGUGAUCCUACUCGUGUUAGAAUGAUGAAUAACCUGUCUCUUGAGAUACAUAAUGUGAAUCCUUCAGAUGCUGGCGAGUACAGCUGCAUUGCCACCAAUGAGGGAGGAGCUACGUCAGGCUUUGUCCAUCUGGUAGUUCAAGAACCCCCACAAGUAAUUGUAGAACCAAGGAAUCAGACAUUUGUUACUGGACAAGAUGUUCGAAUACGAUGUUCUGCGAAAGGUUACCCUAAACCUCACCUUGUGUGGACACAAAAUGAUAUAUUUAUCAUAGGCUCAAACAGGUACAGGUUAACUCUGGAUGGUACACUGAUAAUUAAAAAUGCAGCUCAAAGAGAUUCAGGAAUUUAUAGUUGCUUGGCAAGCAAUCCAGCAGGAACAGACAGACAGACCUCUGCUCUUAUCUAUAUUGAGGCACCAAAGGUUUCAGUGGUCCAACCUAAACUUCUUACCGGACUUGGAGACAUAACUGAGAUGGAAUGCAAAGUCAGUGGGAUUCCAGAUCCCAAAAUUAAGUGGUAUAAAGGUGAUCUUGAACUUCAGCCUUCGCCUUUUAUUAUCUUUGAAAGUGUUAAAGGGAUUUUGAGAAUUACAGAAACUCGUGAUAUAGAUGCAGGAGAUUAUAUUUGUUUGGCAAUUAAUGAUGCUGGAAAGGCUACUGGAAAACUUACCUUAGAUGUGGGCUCUGCUCCAGUGUUCUUCCAGGAGCCUGCUGAUAUUUCUGCUGAUAUUGGCACAAAUAUCACAUUGCCUUGCAUGGCACAGGGAUACCCUCAGCCUCGGAUCAAGUGGAAACGUCCUGACAGUCCUUCUGUCUUCCCUAAGCCUUAUGCAAGAAGUACAAUUACUGAAACACAGACAGGAAAUCUUAUUAUUAACAAUCUCUCAGUUGAAGAUGAAGGGAAUUACAUUUGUGAAGCUGAAAACCAGUUUGGGAAGAUUUGGGCUCAGACUAGAGUAACAGUGACUGGACUUGUGACUCCAUUAAUUGGAAUUAGCCCUGAAGUUGUGAAUGUUAUUGAAGGACAGCAGAUCACUUUACCUUGUGUUUUUCUUUCUGGAAAUCCUCUUCCAGAGAGACAAUGGCUAAAAAACAAUGUAAUGUUGAAUAGCAACCCAUAUCUAACAAUUCGCCGGGAUGGUAGUCUCCACAUAGAACGUGUUCAGUUGCAAGAUGGGGGGAAAUACACAUGUUUGGCUCGUAAUGUUGCUGGAAGAAGUAAUCGAACAACCACUGUCAACAUUUUUGUUCUUCCAACUAUCCAGCAUGGACCUCAGGUUUUCAGUACCAUUGAAGGAAUCCCAAUAACACUGCCUUGUCGAGCAAAUGGAGUACCCAAACCUGAUAUUACAUGGUCAAAGAAGGGUGAGCUGAUUGACCUUAGUGGCAGAGCCUUCUCAUUAAACCCAGAUGGCAGCCUCUUUAUUGUUUCACCCACUGGAAAUGAAACAGGCGAAUUUGUGUGUACGGCUACAAAUGCUGCUGGAUAUACUUCGAAGAAAGUACAACUAACAGUUUAUGUGAAGCCAAGAGUGUCUGGUCAGCGUGGGAAACAAGAAGAAGGAAAUGGCCUAGUGGAAAUUUCAGUAAUAGCCGGAGAAGAUGUCAUUCUGCCCUGUGAGGUUCAAAGUAUCCCACCUCCAAUUAUUACCUGGGCCAAAGACAUGCAACUUAUUUCCCCUUUCUCUCCGAGACAUACGUUACUCUCAUCAGGAUCGAUGAAGGUUAUUGAAACAAGAGUGUCCGACAGUGGGUUAUACUUAUGUGUUGCAACAAAUAUUGCUGGCAAUGUUACACAAGCAGUAAAACUCAGUGUCAAUGUUGCCCCAAAAAUCCAAGCUGGACCCAGAGUGAUCAAGGUUCUUGUUGGCCACAAAGUAGACAUCCCCUGCAUUGCACAGGGACUGCCUCCUCCAGUGAUACGUUGGUUGAAGGAUAAGAAAGAAUUUGGUGUAACAGAAGAUGGAAUUCUGACAAUUAAAGAAGUCACUUUGUCUGAUGCCGGCUUCUAUAAGUGUGUGGCCAGAAAUGUGGCAGGACAGGAUGAAGCAGAGAUCCAUCUGCUUGUUCAAGUUCCCCCAGUUGUUGAAGAACUUGAUCCUCCAUAUAAUACACCAUUCCAAGAAAGAAUAGCUAAUCAACGCAUUGCAUUUCCGUGCCCAGCAAAAGGUAACCCCACACCUGUCAUUAGGUGGCAGCGGAAUGGCAAGGAAUUGACAGGAAAUGAACCAGGUGUAUCAAUCUUGGAAGAUGGCACUCUGCUAAUUAUUGCUUCACUGUCACCUCUUGAUAAUGGAGAAUAUGUUUGUGUGGCUGUCAAUGAUGCAGGAUCUACUGAGAGGAAGUACCAACUUAAAGUACAUGUUCCUCCUAAUAUCAUGGAUAAUGAAAAGCCUUCUAAUGUAUCAGCUGUGGUGAACCAACCUGUCAGUCUGUUCUGUGAUGCCACAGGAAAUCCACUGCCCCUUAUUAGCUGGUUCAAAGACAAUCUGCCUAUUAUCAGCAAUAGCAAUGUUCAGAUAUUAAACAAUGGUAAAACACUGAGAUUGUUGAAAGUGGGCGCAGGUGAUGCUGCCAGAUAUACCUGUAAUGCCAUUAACAUUGCAGGAAGUACAGAGAAAAAUUUUAUCCUGGAAGUGCUAGUUCCUCCCAGCAUAGCGGGUGUUGGCUCACCUAAUGAUAUUUCUGUGAUCCUCAAUCAUGCUGCUGUCUUGGAAUGCAGAGUCAAAGGAGUGCCAUUUCCCUCAAUUCAAUGGUUCAAGGAGAGCAAACCACUGUUUUUGGAUGAUCCAAAUAUUGAAGUGCUGAACAAAGGACAAGUAAUAAAGAUAAAAGCCACUCGCAUCAUUGACCAGGGCCUCUACCAGUGUAUUGUGAGCAACACUGCUGGAAAGCAGACCAAGGAUUUCAAAUUCAAUGUUUAUGUGCCACCCACCAUUAAAGGUGGAAAUGUUACUACUGAAUUGUCAGCUUUUCUCAAAUCACCUGUGUCUUUGGAGUGUGAGGCUCGUGGGAUGCCAGUACCAGCCAUCACUUGGUACAGAGAUGGACAACCCAUUAUUGCCAGUCAUCAAGUUCUCUACAAUGACAGAGGUCAUUUCCUGCAGAUUCCUCAAGCACAGCUCUCUGAUGCUGGCCGCUACACAUGCCGUGCCACCAGUAUAGCUGGAAGUGCAGAGAAAACAUAUUUGCUGGAUAUUCUUGUUGCCCCUACAAUUGAAGGGGACUCUGACAUCCCCAUGAAACGGAAGGUAGUUGUUAAUAAUCCUCUGAGUCUGGAGUGUGACGCAGGAGGACAACCACCUCCGACUCUAACCUGGUUGAAGGAUGGUGUGCCAGCAAAAAAUAGUGACAACAUCCGUAUAAUUCAAAGAGGCAGAAAACUUGAAAUAUUGAAUGCAGCUGUGUCUGAUUCUGGGACUUAUACGUGUAUAGCUACUAGUGUUGCUGGCGAAAAGCAAAUUACAUACAAUGUUAAUGUGUUAGUACCACCAAGUUUGGAACGCUUGGAUGAGAGCACAGAUUCCACAGUUAUUGUUAAUGGCCCUCUGGAACUCUACUGCCUUGCUAAAGGAACUCCACCCCCACAGAUUAAAUGGCUUAAGGAUGGACAACCAGUCCGACAAAGGGAUGGAUUGAAAAUGAUGUCAAAUGGACAGAAGCUUGUUAUCUCCCAAGCCCAAGUUUCUGAUAUUGGUCACUAUCAGUGUAUAGCUACCAAUGAAGCAGGAGAACAAAAAAAAGAAUUUAAUGUGGCUGUUCAUGUUCCUCCUUCGAUUCGCUCUGGUGGACAGUCAGAGCGAUCUGUAGUUGUUCAUCAGCCUAUAACCUUGCAAUGCAUUGCUAAUGGUAUUCCAAAUCCAUCUAUUACUUGGCUUAAAGAUGGUCGCCCUGUCAGCACUGCAAGAGGACAUGCAAAGUUGGAGUCAAUGGGACGAGUACUGCAGAUAGUAAAUGCACUCCUAGAGGAUGCAGGCACAUAUACAUGCAUUGCCACUAACGCUGCUGGAGAGGCACAGCAACAUGUUCGGCUUACUGUAAAUGAGCCACCUAUUGUAGAAAAUGGUGGAGACAUCUUGAAUGAGACUGCUAUAAUUAACAGCCCAAUUCAGCUUGAAUGCAAGGUAUCUGGAAAUCCUUUGCCAGCUGUUACAUGGUAUAAAGAUUCCCGGCCAAUUACAAGUUCUGCUGGUGUGACACUGCUAAACCGUGGCCAAAUACUACAGAUUGACAGCGCUCAAGUGUCAGACACGGGAAUCUACAAGUGUGUAGCCAUCAAUAUCGCAGGGACUUCUGAGCUGAUCUAUAGUCUACAGGUGUAUGUUCCCCCGUCGAUCUCAGGGAGUAGCGAUAUGGUCACUGUAGUGGUUAAUAAUGCAGUGCGACUGGAGUGUGAAGCCAGAGGAAUUCCAGUACCAGGCCUUACAUGGCUUAAAGAUGGAAGCCCUGUUGCUAGUUUUACUAAUGGCAUUCAGCUUCUGUCAGGGGGUAGGGUUUUGUCCAUUGCAAGUUCUCAGAUCAGGGAUACAGGAAAGUAUACAUGUGUGGCAGUGAACGCAGCUGGAGAAGAGCAAAGGGACAUCCAGCUUCGAGUUUAUGUGCCUCCCGAUAUCUUGGGUGAAGAGCAAAAUGUGUCUGUUGUUAUGAAUCAGAUGGUUGUGAUGCUUUGCCAGAGCAAUGCUGUCCCACCACCUACUCUGAGAUGGUUCAAAGAUGACCACCCUCUUCUCAGAAAACCUGGCCUUAUAAUUUCAGAAGAUGGAAGUACCUUAAAGAUUGAAAGUUCUCAAGUCCAAGAUACAGGACGCUACACUUGUGAAGCAACAAAUAUUGCUGGAAAAACAGAGAAAAAUUUCAACCUUAAUGUUUGGGUUCCACCCAGCAUACUUGGUGCAGAUGAAGUUUCCCAGCUGACAGUCAUUGAAGGAAGUCUUAUCACUUUAGUUUGUGAGUCCAGUGGCAUUCCGCCGCCAAACCUGACAUGGAAAAAAAAUGGAGCUCUUUUAAAGACAUUGUCACGUAACAGAGUAAGAGCACUCUCUGGAGGAAGACAGUUGCAGAUCUCUAGUGCCGACAAGUCAGAUGCUGCCACUUACUCUUGUGUUGCUUCCAACCUGGCUGGAAAUGCAAUGAAAGAAUAUAUCCUGCAAGUAUAUGUUCGUCCUACGAUUUUGCACAGUGGAAUGCAUCCAAGUGAAGUGACAGUGUCACGCGGAAAUGGUAUUAAUCUGGAAUGUGAUGCCCAAGGGACACCACGACCUGCUUUGACUUGGCUGAAAGAUGGACGACCCGUGGUAAAUGGCAGGAGUGUUCAGGUCCUGAGUGAUGGUCGAUUACUGCAGAUUAAGAAUUCUCAGGUGUCAGACACUGGACGUUAUAUGUGCGUUGCUGUUAAUAUGGCUGGGCAAGUGGACAGGAAGUACGACGUGAAUGUACAUGUACCCCCAACUAUUCUUGGAGACCUGAGUGUCCCAGACAACAUAACCGUAUUGGUAAAAAACCCUGUGGUUUUAAACUGUGAAGCUACAGGUAUUCCUCUUCCAGUCAUUUCCUGGCUCAAAGAUGGUCAUCCUGUUAAUCUGUCCAGCUCUGCCAAAAUCCUGUCAGGUGGCCGACUACUUCGAUUAAUGCAUGCUACAAUCGAAGAUGCUGGAAGAUACACCUGUAUUGCCUCCAAUUCUGCUGGGGAAAAUAAGAAGAAUUUUGACCUUGAUAUCUUAAUACCACCAAGCAUUAUAGAAGACGAAACACAGCAAGAUGUAAAAGUUAAAGAGAAACACAGCAUUACACUAACAUGUGAAGUGUCAGGUCACCCUGUUCCAAAAAUCAACUGGAUGAAAGAUGAUCAACCUCUGGUAGAAGAUGAUCGACACAAAGUCAUUUCCAAUGGCCGCUUCUUACAAAUUCUUUCUGCUCAGGUGGUGGACACAGGCAGGUACACAUGUCUGGCAUCAAACACUGCUGGGGAUAAGACCAAGAACUUCAACCUCAAUGUGCUUGUAUCUCCCACAAUAAAUGGCAUGGACCAACAAGAAACUCCUGAAGAAGUCACUGUGACAUUGAACAGUCCCACAUCAUUAGUAUGUGAAGCCCAGUCUUACCCUCCUGCCACAAUCAUGUGGCUGAAAGAUGGUGUUCCAUUUGAGUCUAACAAAAAUAUCAGAAUUCUUCCAGGAGGAAGAACCCUACAGAUUCUGACUGCCCAGAAAGAAGAUGCUGGGAGGUAUACCUGUGUCGCCACUAAUGAAGCUGGUGAAACCCUUAAAAACUAUGAAGUUAAGGUUUACAUCCCUCCUAUUAUAAGCAAGGAAGACCUACAUGAUUUCUCUCCUAAAGAAAUAAAAAUCAAAGUGAAUAACAGCCUUACUCUGGAAUGUGAAGCCCAGGCCUUUCCCACUGCUACUCUGCGUUGGUUCAAGGAUGGGCAGGCCUUAAAUGCUAAUCACCAUGUUAGUAUAACUGCAAAUGGCCGCAUCCUUCAGCUGAGGAGAGCUCAGAUAUCAGAUACUGGUCGUUAUACAUGUGUUGCAUCCAAUCUUGUGGGAGAAGAUGAAAAAGAUUUUGAUGUAAAUAUACUAGUUCCUCCAAGUUUCACCAAACAAGUAAAAGAGAAGAGCAAUAUGGAAGACAACAGUGGCACAGAUAUCAAAGAUGUAGUUGUUAAUAAUCCAAUUUCUCUCUACUGUGAAACCAAUGCAGUACCUCCUCCCACUUUAAGGUGGUAUAAGGAUGGCCAGCUUUUAGCUUCAAGUGACAAGGUUUUAAUCUUGCCAGGUGGGCGCAUAUUGCAGAUUCCUAGAGCCCUACCUGAGGAUGCUGGAAAAUACACAUGUGUUGCCAUAAAUGAGGCUGGGGAAGACUCAAUUCACUAUGAAGUCAGAGUGCUGUUGCCACCCAUAAUAAAGGGAGCAGACGAAGACGUUCCAAAAGAGAUGAUUACUUUGGUAAACAAAACAGCCAUCAUGGAAUGUCUGGUCAGUGGCAGCCCCGCUCCCAAAAUUUCUUGGUUGAAAGAUGGCAGGCCGGUGACAGAAGGAAAGUCACUAAAAAUUCUUUUCAAUGGUAAAACCCUGCAGGUCACACGUAGCCAGAUAACAGACACAGGAAGAUAUGUAUGUGUGGCAGAAAAUGCAGCAGGAAGUGCAGAGAAGUAUUUCAAUCUCAAUGUACAUGUUCCACCUAUUAUUAUGGGAAUGAAUCCUGAGAAUGUGACAGUGGUGCUGAACAACUUUAUUUCCUUGACGUGUGAGGCUACAGGUUUUCCUCCUCCUGCUUUAACUUGGCUAAAAGAUGGAAAACCUGUACAGCACAACUCAAAUAUGCUGAUUAUGCCUGGAGGGCGUACACUGCAAAUCUUGCGUGCAAAACUUUCAGAUGGAGGAAAAUACAGCUGUGUAGCAGUAAAUCAGGCUGGAGAGAAGGAAAAAAUAAUAUUUCUCACUGUCUUUGUUCCCCCAAGCAUAAAGGACCACUCUGGAGAUUCCCCAACUGCUAUGAGUGUACGGGUUGGAAAUUCAGUUACUCUGGAAUGUGAAUCAAAUGCUAUUCCUCCGCCUAUGAUUACCUGGUACAAAAAUGGGCGAAUGAUUGCAGAUUCUGCCAACAUCAAAAUUUUGGCUGAAGGACAGAUACUAGAGAUUACAAAAGCAGAGGUAUCAGAUACAGGCCAGUAUGUAUGCAAGGCAACAAACAUUGCAGGACAAGUUGACAAAAACUUCCAUCUCAAUGUUUAUAUGCCUCCCAGCAUUGAUGGCCCAAAAGAACAGAGACUGUUAGAGACAAUUAGCAAUCCUGUCACUUUUGCUUGUGAUGCAACUGGCAUCCCACCUCCUACUUUGACCUGGCUAAAAAAUGGUAGACCAGUUGAAAAUACAGAGUCCCUAGAGAUGCAUAUUUUAUCUGGAGGCAGUAAACUGCAGAUUGCACGUUCACAGCUCUCAGAUUCUGGCACCUACAUCUGUGUGGCAUCAAAUAUAGAAGGCAAGGCACAAAAAAUAUAUCACCUGGAUGUACAAGUUCCUCCAAGUAUUAAAGGUUCUGAAAUGCCAAGUGACGUCAGUGUGAUUGUCAAUGAGAGUGUUCAACUGAUUUGUAAUGUAGAAGGCACUCCUAGGCCUACAUUACAGUGGUUAAAGGAUGGAAACACAUUCACUAUGACGAUGGAAAAUAAUACCAGAAUUUCACCAGAUGGUAGUACACUCAGUAUAACUGGUGCACAGCCUGCCAACAAAGGAAAAUACACUUGUGUAGCUACAAAUUCAGCAGGAGAAGAGGACAGAAUAUUCACCCUAAAUGUGUAUGUCCCUCCAUCAAUCAUGGAUAAUGGAAGGAAUUCUGAUGAGUUAACUGUAAUAUUGGACAGUUCUAUCAACAUAGAAUGUGUUGCAAAUGGAUUUCCAGCUCCUCAACUUAAUUGGCUAAAGAAUGGCCUUCCUCUCCCAAUCUCUUCCCAUAUCCGUUUGCUCUCUGCUGGACAGGUCCUCAGAGUGGUGAGAGCACAGACAUCAGAUGCUGGCAUCUACACCUGUGUGGCUUCAAAUCGAGCUGGAGUGGAGAAUAAACAUUUCAAUGUGCAAGUUUAUGUUCCACCCAGACUUGUCACUUCUGCAGAAACGGAGACAGUUGUAGUGGUGAAGGGUGAACCAAUAGCUUUGCUCUGUAUUAGUGAUGGUACUCCAGCCCCUUCUUUAUCAUGGAUGAAGAAUGGCCAGCCACUUUCUGCAGAUGGUCACAUUAGUAUCCUAAAUCAAGGCACAGCAGUACAGAUGACCCGAGCAGAGUUGGAGGAUGCAGGCAUGUACACCUGUGUAGCCACCAAUGAAGCAGGAGAAGCCAGCAAACAUUUUGACCUCAUGGUUCUGGACCCACCUCGUAUAAAUGGAUCUGACAUACCGGAGGAAGUGUCUGUAAUUGAGAACCAUGCUUUAGAACUGCAUUGCAUCUCUACUGGUGUACCAAUACCUGAACUUACUUGGAUGAAAGAUGGCCGUCCCAUGCCAGCAGCUGAUGGUAUUUUUGUGUUACGUGGAGGAAAUGUUCUAUACAUAACCAGUAUUCAGGUUGAAGAUGCGGGUAGAUACACAUGCCUGGCAUCCAGUCCAGCUGGUGAUGAUGAAAAAGAGUAUCUAGUGCGAGUGCAUGUUCCUCCAAACAUAGCUGGUACAAGUGACCCACAAGAUGUUUCAGUGCUCGAAAAUAUGCAGGCAAUGCUAGAAUGUAAAUCAGAUGCUAUUCCACCUCCGACUCUGACAUGGCUCAGAAAUGGAAAACCACUUCAGUCUUCACCUCGUAUUCGAAUUUUGUCUAAUGGAAGAUAUCUUCAGAUAAAUAAUGCUGAACUUGGAGACAGAGCAAACUAUACUUGUGUUGCUAGUAAUAUUGCUGGAAAUACUACCAGGGAGUUCAUUUUUAAUGUGCAAGUUGCACCAACUAUACAGGAUGGACCGCAAACUCUUUCAGUGCAUGUUGAUAAACCAGCUGUACUAGAGUGCAUUGUCAGUGGAGUUCCAGCGCCUAGGAUAACAUGGAGAAAAGAUGGAGUCGUAAUGUCAGGAAGUAAUCCCAGAUACUCUAUCAUGGAAAAUGGCUCUCUACACAUCUUCUCUGCCCAAGUUACUGACACAGGACGUUAUUUAUGUAUGGCUACAAACCCUGCAGGGUCUCAGCGUAAGAAAAUUGACUUACAAAUAUUUGUGCCUCCAUCCAUUGUUGUCAGUCCAACUGAUGUCACUGCAACUGUUAAUAUCCAGAUCACCCUUCCCUGUGAAGCUACUGGCUUUCCUAAACCAGAUGUGGUGUGGAAGAAGAAUGGUCGUGUUUUGAACACAGACCACAAUCAGAAUAUGUACAGGGUUUUAUCUUCAGGGUCUUUGGUAGUGAUUGCUGCAACAGUGGAAGACAGUGCUAUCUAUGAGUGUGUUGUGUCAAAUGAUGCUGGAAAAGAUCAAAGAUCCAUGAAACUUACUGUACAAGUCCCUCCUUCUAUUGCUGAUGAACAAACCGAGCUUUUGGUCAUGAGGCUGUCCCCAGUAAUUAUAACUUGCACUGCAUCUGGAGUGCCAGAGCCUGCAAUUCACUGGUUUAAAGAUGGGGUUAUGCUGCCAACCCAUGGACAUGAAUACACAAUUCUACCUUCUGGUCCAGUAGAGAUCACAGCAGCUGAUCACAUUCACAGUGGCAGAUACACAUGCACAGCAAGCAGUCCUGCUGGCUCAGCACAUAGGCAGGUUCAUCUGACAGUCCAGGAGCCUCCAAUGAUCCAGACACACCCAAGUACAUUGGAUGUAAUUUUAAAUAACCCUAUUACUCUGCCAUGUGAAGCUUCUGGAACUCCAAGACCUACUAUUACUUGGCAAAAAGAGGGGAUUAACAUUUUACCUGCAGGAGAGAACUUCACUGUACUGCCCAAUGGUGGACUUCAGAUUAUUCGCUCUAAAGUAGAAGACUCUGGGACAUAUAUAUGUGUGGCACAAAACCCUGCUGGGACUGCUUUAGGAAAGACUAAACUAAGAGUUCAAGUACCUCCAUCAAUUAAGUCACAAACAAAAGCUUACAUUGUGGCAUUGGAUAAAUCUGUUACCCUGUCAUGUGAAGCAGAGGGUUACCCUGUCCCCGAAGUCAAAUGGCACAAAGACAGCCAUCAAGUGAAGGAGUCAGUUCGCCAAAGAGUGCUGAGCUCUGGUGCGUUACAUAUAGCAUUUGCACAGCCCACAGAUGCCGGACGCUACACCUGCACUGUGGCAAAUGUGGCAGGUUCCAGCAGCUCUGACAUGAGCCUUACUGUGCAUAUGCCACCCAAUAUCCGCAGCAUGGAUUCUGAGUACUCUGUUUUGGAGAGCUCCCAGGUGGCAUUGCACUGCAUUGUAGAUGGAGUUCCUCAGCCUCACAUUUUCUGGGAGAAGGAAGGAGUUCCUUUAUCUGAAGGAAAAGGAAAAUACACCAUCAAGCGCACAGGAGAGCUCAUCAUUGGGAAUACUCUUGUUGAUGAUGCUGGAAGCUACACAUGCAUUGCAAAUAAUACAAUUGGUGAGAGCAGCCGCACUGUAAACCUGAUAGUGCACACUCACCCUGCAAUUAUGGACCUGCUUGGAGAUGUGGCCCUAAACAAGGGCCAGCGCCUCCUACUGACCUGUGCUGCCAGUGGCAUUCCCACACCCACAAUUACAUGGGCCUUCAAUAAUAACAUCAUUCCUGCACAGUAUGAAAGUGCUAAUGGACACAGUGAGCUGCUUAUUGAGAGAGUAAACAAAGAAGACUCUGGAACGUACACAUGCAUUGCAGAAAAUAGCGUGGGAUCAGUGAAAUCUAUUGGCUUUGUUUAUGUAAAAGAACCUCCCAUUUUUGAUGGCGAUACUCAUUCAAACAAGAUUGAGCCACUGGGUGGAAAUGCCAUUUUGAACUGUGAAGUUCGAGGAGACCCUCCACCUGUAAUUCAGUGGAACCGUAAAGGCAUAAACAUUCAGAUAAGCAACCGCAUUAGACAACUCGAUAAUGGUUCAUUGGCCAUAUAUGGCACUGUGAAUGAGGAUGCUGGCAGCUACAUAUGUGUAGCAAGAAAUGAUGCUGGUGUAGCUGAACGGCGUGUAACACUAACAUUGCAAAGCCCCCCGACUAUCACAGUUGAACCAGUCGAAACGGUUGUGGAUGCUGGCAACACUCUGGUGCUUAACUGCCAAGCAAGGGGUGAGCCACCACCUGCUAUUGAAUGGACACGUCAAGGACUUCCUCUCCACGGAAAUGAAAGAAUUAGCAUUCUUUCCAAUCAUUCCUUACGCAUAAUUGCUGCCCAGAAAGAAGACACCUCAGAGUAUGAGUGUGUGGCUCGGAAUCUAAUGGGAUCAGUUCUUAUCAGGGUUCCAGUCACCGUACAAGUGCAUGGUGAGUUUUCAGAGUGGAUGGACUGGGGACCAUGUAGUGUGACAUGUGGACAAGGAGUUCAGAAGAGACUUCGCCAGUGUAAUAAUCCUCUCCCUGCCAAUGGAGGUCGACAUUGUAUUGGACCUGAAGUAGAGAAACGCAGCUGUCAAGCUAAGCGCUGCCCAGUGGAUGGUAAUUGGUCGGAGUGGAGCACUUGGGAGGAAUGCACCCGCACCUGUGGACAGGGGAAUCGGACCAGAGUGCGCUCCUGCACUAACCCUUCAUCACAACAUGGAGGCAAAGCAUGUGAGGGCAAAGCUGUAGACUUGCUUGUCUGCAAUGUAAGGCCAUGCCCAGUUGCUGGUAAUUGGGGCACCUGGUUACCCUGGGGCCCAUGUAGUGAAACGUGUGGAAAAGGUACACAGACCCGCCUAAGACUCUGCAAUAAUCCUCCUCCGUCUUUUGAUGGACCGCACUGUGACGGCACUGACAUGCAGACUCAAGUGUGUAAUGAGAGAAAUUGUCCAGUGGAUGGAAAGUGGACAUCAUGGAUGACAUGGACAGCCUGUAGUGUCUCUUGUGGUGGUGGCACUCGGCAGAGAACACGCACAUGUACCAGCCCUUCACCUCAAUAUGGAGGACGUCAGUGCGAGGGAAACGAUGUGCACAUUGACUUUUGUAAUAAUGAGCCAUGCCCUACCCAUGGUAACUGGGGACCCUGGAACAGCUGGGGAAGUUGCAGCCGUACCUGCAAUGGAGGACAGAUGCGGCGGUACAGGACAUGUGACAAUCCUCGACCAGCAAAUGGAGGACGAGCAUGCGCUGGAGCAGACACUCAAAUUCAGCGAUGCAACACAGACAUAUGCCCAGUUGAUGGAAAUUGGGGGCCCUGGCAGUCUUGGAAUGAGUGCUCAGCUUCAUGUGGUGGAGGGGAACGGACUAGAGUUCGACUUUGUAACAAUCCUCCACCUGUCAAUGAGGGAAGGUCCUGCCCUGGUGACAGUUCACAAGUUUCCAAGUGUAAUAUUCAAGCGUGCCCAGGUGGUCCACAUUAUGCCAGGGGAAGCGUGAUUGGAAACAUUAAUGACAUUGAAUUUGGGAUUGCCCUUCUGAAUGCUACCAUCACAGAAAGUGAAGAUUCCAGCUCUAAGAUCAUUCAAGCAACCAUCACCAAUGUUCCUCGAAGCCUUGGUCCUGCAAUGAGAAAACUGAUUUCAAUCCUCAAUCCAAUCUACUGGACCACAGCCAAAGAAAUUGGAGAAGCAAUGAAUGGGUACAGUCUAACUGGAGCAGUCUUCCGAAGAGAAACACAAGUGGAAUUUGCUACAGGUGAGAUUUUGAGAAUGACUCAUGUAGCACGUGGACUGGACUCAGAUGGUGCCUUGCUCCUUGACAUUGUUAUAAAUGGAUACAUCUUACAGUUGCCUUCUACUGCUGACGUGAAUGUAAAAGAUUACACUGAAGACUACAUUCAAACGGGCCCAGGUCAGAUCUAUGCGUACUCCACGCGCAUGUUUAGCAUUGAUAAAAUCAGCGUUCCAUACUCAUGGAAUCACACGAUCACAUAUGACAGUUCUCAAGGCAGGAUGCCAUUUCUAGUGGAGACGCUUCAAGCAUCCUCCAUGACAACAGAAUACCAUCCUUUACAAGAAAUGCUGGAGUACAAGGUCCAUGCAACCAUUUCAAAAGGAGAUCGAAGCAAUCAGUGCCCCAGUGGUUUUCGUUUGGAUUCUGCUGGACCAUACUGUGCAGAUGAAAAUGAAUGUAGUGCUCAUCACCCCUGCUCUCACACGUGCCACAAUACCAUGGGGACCUAUUAUUGCUCCUGUCCUCAAGGUCUUACUAUCUCUGCAGAUGGAAGAACCUGUCAAGAUAUCAAUGAGUGUGUGUUAGGGGGCCAUACUUGCCAUGGAGGACAAGACUGUGAAAAUACUAUUGGCUCAUACCGAUGUGUGGUCCGCUGUGGCCAAGGAUUUCGACGCACGUCUGAUGGACUCAGCUGUCAAGAUAUUAACGAAUGUCAGGAAUCCAAUCCAUGCCACCAGAGGUGUCUUAACAUUAUUGGCAGCUUCCGCUGUACCUGUGAGCCUGGUUUCCAUUUGAGGAACAGGAGGUGUUUUGAUAUCAAUGAAUGCCGACAAAAUGUCUGUCGAUCAGAUCAGCAAUGCAAGAAUACACGAGGAGGAUAUAAGUGCAUCGAUCUAUGCCCGAGUGGUAUGACUAAAGUGGAUAAUGGAACAUGUUUAGAUAUCGAUGAGUGCAGAGAUGGGAUUCACCAAUGCAGAUACAAUCAAAUUUGUGAAAACACACGUGGAAGCUAUCACUGUAGUUGUCCACGUGGCUAUCGUUCUCAAGGAGUGGGUCAGCCCUGUCUUGACAUUAAUGAAUGCGAAAGGGUGCCCACACCUUGUGCCUUCCAGUGCCUCAACACCCCUGGAAGCUUCAAGUGCCUCUGUCCAGCUGGACGACAAUUGCUAGGCGAUGGGAAGUCAUGUGCCGGACUGGAGAAGUUGCCUAGUUAUGACAGCUCUUCAGACACCUAUAGGCCAGUCCAGCUUUCUCCUACUGGAAACCACUACCAGCGGCAGUAUCACAGAGUUGUUUCACAGACAUAUAAUUCCUAUUCUCCAUUUAACAACAUUAGAGUGCCUUUCUACAGAUCACGCAGGGAUGCCUGUCCUGAUGGCUUUCAGGCAAGGCCUGGCCAAUGCAUAGACAUCAAUGAAUGUGAAACCAAAGAUGUUUGCCAGCAUGAAUGUAUGAACAUCCAGGGAAGUUAUAAGUGCCUUUGUCCUAGUGGAUAUCGACUAAUGCUAAAUGGCAAAACAUGUCAAGAUAUUGAUGAGUGUGCUGAACAAAACAUACAGUGUGGCGUGAAUCGUAUGUGUUUCAACAUGAGAGGCAGUUACCAGUGUAUAGACACUCCAUGUCCGCCAAAUUACCAGCGGGACCCGGCCACCGGGUUCUGCCUCAAAAACUGCCUCCCAAAUGACUUGGAGUGUGCCCUGAGCCCAUAUGCCUUAGAAUACAAGUUAGUGUCGCUUCCCUUUGGGAUCGCUGCUAAUCAAGACCUUAUCCGCUUAGUCGCCUACACCCAAGAUGGGGUCGUCCAUCCCCGCACCACCUUCUUUGUAGUGGAUGAGGAUGCUACAAUCCCAUUUGCAAUACGGGAUGAGAACCUCAAAGGAGUUGUCUUCACCAUCAGGCCUCUGAGAGAGCCCCACACGUACAGGAUGAAAGUGCGCGCCUUGUCCUACAGUGCAGAUGGAAGCAUCGAGUAUCAGACCACGUUCAUUGUGUACAUUGCCGUGUCUGCAUAUCCUUACUAGGGCACUUCAGUGAUUCUGAAUUCUGGCAAGGAGAAACUGCCAUAUCUCUACAAACAAUUGCCUCUUGGAAGAAGGGGGUGAUUAUCCAAAAAAUAGACAAUUGAAAGCUAUGGAAGGAUGCAUUAUAAAGGACGUCAAUGCAUUACUAUAUACUUUUUUUGAACAAAAUACGAUUUCACUGGAGAAGCAGAGGUAUAGUUUGUAAUUGUGUUUGUUUACAUAUCAGACAGAGAAACUAUUUGUAUUCAUGAAGAACGCCAUCUAUCCGUACAGUUCAUUAUUGCUUCUGAAGACUUUGAAAGUGCGCCGUCCCAGACAUUCAAUUAAUUUAGAAUA